CACUGCGCAUGACAAGACACGUCGUCACCACCACUAUCCACCCCUACCUGUACGUACGAUUUUUGUUUGUCGAUCCGGUUUUUCCAGGUCACUCUAGAUGUCAUCGUCCGAAGGCCCUGAGCCGAAAAAACCAAGGACUUCCAGUAGUGAACUACAGACGCUCGGCAAGAUGAACAGUCUCAGCAAAACCGACCCGGAGCUGAGGUACAAGCGGAUGGGGUUCGAACCCACACCGGAGCUAAGGGCGGAAUGGAAGCGGCGAUUCGGCAAAGAGGAACCACACAUAGCUACGUUGAUUCUCGCGAGAGGUGGCAGUAAGGGCAUCCCCAUGAAGAACAACAAGAAGCUGGGAGGGCUGGAGCUGAUCGGCUGGGUCAUCCGGGCUGCCUUAGACUCCGACAUCAUGGACAGUAUCUGGGUGUCCACGGACCAUGAUGACAUCGCGGCCACAGCGCGCAGGUGCGGUGCGCAGGUGCACAGACGCUCUGCCGAGGUGUCUCAGGACACCUGCAACUCCUGGGUCACCAUCGACGAGUUCGUCAGGUAUCAUCCGGAGGUAGACAUCAUCGUGGACAUACAGGCGACGUCACCGUGCCUCCACCCGUUCCAUUUGCAUGACGGGAUGCGCCUGACGCUGAAGGACGGUUACGAUUCGGUCUUCACUGUCGUCAGACGUCACGGCUUCCGGUGGACGGACCCGAAAUGGGGGAUUCAGCCUUUCCCCCUGAACUUCGACCCCGCUAAGCGACCGAGGCGUCAGGAAUGGGCGGGAGAGAUCGUGGAGAACGGAGCUUACUACAUGAUGACUCGGGACGUGGAGCAGCAAGGCCUCAUGCAGGGUGGGAAGAUGGCGUAUCUCGUGAUGGACCCGGAGUACGGAGUGGACAUCGACACGGACCUGGACUGGGAGAUCGCCGAGCAGCGGCUCUUCCGAUUCGGCUACCACGGACGGACACCCAAGACAGUAAAGCUGGUUGUGGUGAACAUUGACGGGACGCUUCUCGACGGUCAAGUCCAAGUUUCUCCCACCGGGGAGGAACUCCGCUCGUUCAAGACCACGGACAUCGUCGGGGUGCAACAGCUGCAGGAGAACGGGAUAGAGUUCCGUGUUGUUGCCGAGGGCGACAACGAAGUUCAGCGGGCACUAGCUGACAAACUGUCCGCCAAACUAGAGGAGAACUGUACGGACAAGCUGACAGUGAUAGACGCGUGGCGACAGGAGCUGGGGCUGGAGUGGAAGGACAUCGGAUACAUGGGAUAUGACAUCAGUGACAUGACGUGCAUUAAGAAGGCUGGGAUGUCCGCCUGUCCGUCUGACGCGUACGCCGCCAUACAGAAACAUUCCCACUUCAUCUCCACAUACCGGGGCGGACAGGGCGCGCUCAGGGAGUUCUGCGAACAGAUUCUGAAGGACGAAGAAAAGAUGGGGACCUACGCUGACGUCACGGAGCGGAUCUUCGAGGAUUUCCCUAAGCUGUGGUCUGCAAGCCCCACGCGCAAAGCCCGCACAAGGAGCCUUUCCCAGAGCCAGUCUACAGCAGGCAGCGACGUUCCAUCGAUAUAAUCAGCAUCCAUCUUAUGUUUCUGACCUUGGGAUUGUUAUUCAAGUGGAAAGUGUGAAAUAAAAAAAGUUACACUGUGACGGUAAAUAAGAGGAUGAAGCUUCGAAACGCUGUAACUGUACACAAAAGUUAUGUGGUUUAAAAAAUCCAAGAAGUUUUUGGUUAGAUCUCUUCUUGAUGUCGAGUUUUGAUGAACACGAUACAUUCUAGUCAUUAUAAGAAUAUUACUUAUUUGCAUCUUUAAGGCAAAUUGCGUUCGUAAGUCUCCAUACAUGUUUUGCCAGUCUAAGAAAAAAUAUUGAAAUCUGGCUCUACUGGAUAAUGCAACUGCUCUGCCAGCAGAUUGGGUAUUGCAAGAAGGUAGUUAUGUUGAGGAUGGUUGUAUAAGUAUUGGAGUCUCUGCUUUGGAUUCAGAUGAAUGUAAUUACAUGAUGGAA